AUGGAGACAAAAAAGUCGUUCAGCCUGUAUCCGCUGCACUUGGAAUGGGACGCAGAAUCGGAAGGUCGGUAUUUCAGGGUGAAUCCUUUUUCCAUCUGCAAAGAAUAUCUGAAUGAACUAAUUUUCGCGGAGUGUGGUUUGGCGAACGCUGUGGAGUCCGGAGCAUUAUCCUAUGAGUACGCCGGCGCCGAGGGCCCUAGGUUAGAAGUUUUAAGAACCUCAGAGGACGUAGUGGUGUUUAGAAGGUGGUUUGAAAUGCAGCAUGCAGCCAAGCUCAAUGUGAAUCGUCCGGCAGCGACUUAUAGUGCAUUUAGUGCUGGCACUGGUGAUGGUCGCGGUGCAACGUCGGAAGUGAGGCCUAGUGGUACAGAGACUUCUUACGUUUCCAUUCCCACCGAUCAAUUGGAAGCGUUGAUCAAUUCCAUCCGGCAGUUGGAAAUUUCACUAAAAAAUGGUGAGGAUAUUAAAAAUAACGAUUCCGAUUGUGCCGACGCACAUGCUGCUACUGCAUAUGCAGAUCCCCACUGCGAUGCUCUGCACGAAGACGUGAUAUGCGACGGCUGCCACCCCGAAAACAUAAACACCAGUGGACUCACAUCCACCCGCUCUCCGGAAAUGCCGUUUAUCAAGGGUCCCAGAUACAAAUGUUUAUACUGCUUCAACUAUGAUUUAUGUGCAGCGUGCGUGCAAAACGGCGUGGAAACUGAAACCCACAAGCGAUACCACAAUAUGAUGAAAGUUAAUACUCCCGAUUCUGACAUCAACAGAUUAUGGGCAGGAUUCAAUGACCGGCUGCACGGCCAGACUUACGUGAGCCAGCAGUCCUUAAGAAGCCCAAUGGUAGUACAGCCAGCUCACUUCAAUGUCAGCAGUACUGCCAAAGAUAUUGUCAUCGACAUCCCAGAGCGUAGUUCUAAGGUUUUUGAUUUUUUUUCGAAUGUUCAAUCGGAAAGCGACUUGGCAGCGCUCGUCGGUGACCAUGAGAAAUAUCAGCUACUUUUGUCGAAGUUGGAAGGAGACGAGGAAAAAUUAACUCAGCUCGUCGAGACGCACCUCGAUACAAAGGCCACUUCGAAGAACUUGAUAACAUCAUUGGACGCCUCUGUUGAGACUGCUCACGACGCGGAUAAUUUGAUUGAGGUUGAGAUGAGCAAGCGUGAACAUGUCAUUUCCUUCAAACUAUUGAACAAGGGCCCUGAUUCGGUGUGCAAUGGUUUGAAGCUUGUAUUCCGCUAUUUUGAGGCUAAUUCUGCAGUUCCAAUCAAGUGCACGCUCCACAUGGGGCCCCACGAAUUUCAGCGGGAUCACUAUAAGACUUUAAACUUUAACUGCCGUGGACUAAUUGACUACUUUUCGAUGGCCAACACCUGCCAAAUCGAUUUAGUCGAUCAUGACGACCAGGUCGUUUUCACAGGUAUUUCUCGAGGGGGAUCCAGGCUUCUGCUCAGGCCACCUAUGAUGAUAGGAAUACAGGAGUCGGUAUAUUCCGAGGCACGUGAAUCACACGAUUUAGAGACCGGGUCGCAGGACGAUCGCGACGACAGAGAUAUAAUCAGCAACACAAUGACCAACGAGGAUACCAAGGAUUCGGAGCUCGAGGAUUAUGACUUUCUCAGCGACAGCGAUAUUGAUACUUGA